GUGGACUCUGUGCACAUCCAAUGGAAGAAAGAUAUCUGUCUGCUCAAUAAUUAGGAUCGAAUAGAGCGCUAGCCAGAAAAGGGUGUUCGUCGUCGGCCUAUCCACCAAAUUUGUUUAUUUUUUAUAUUUUUUGGUCCGGGGCAGCGGAUGCUGUGGAACUGCAAGAGCGGAGGAGGAGGAGGAGUUUGUUUAGUUGAUGUUUUAACGCUCGUACGUAGGGAAGAUGUGUAACUAUAUAAUAUAAAUAAAACGACUCGGUUGUCCGAAAUAUCAAUCGCCGUUGAAACGUUGCGAUCGGCAUUAUUUUUAUUUGUUUAUUUGAUUCCUUGGUUUUGUUCGCAACUUGAAACUCAAUCAUCCUAUUUAUUUAGCCCAACGCCAGGGCUUCGAUCAUACAAACACCAUCCAUGAAGCUCUCUCAUCUGGCGGCCGCGCUGUCGGCACAGCUCGUCGCCCCUGUCGCAGCCGGCUACUUACGUCAAGACAUCCUCACAGCGGGCACGCUGAGAGACACCACCGUCCCAGCAGCUCCAAAUGAAGACCUGAAUCAGAUAGUCUCCGACUCGCAGCUCCUCUCCCUACAUCGCACAAUCUGCGAAAUUGAAUCAGUCUCCAACCACGAAUCUACGGUCGGGGAAGCAUUGAUCAAAUACCUGGGCGAACAUGACUUCACCACCGAAAAACAAAUUGUGCCCGUCGACGAGGACGACGACAGCACCGACGAGCGCUACAAUGUCUGGGCCUAUCCCAAGGGCUCCCCAAAGCCCAAGAUCAUCUUGACCAGCCAUAUCGAUACCGUCCCCCCACACAUUAAUUACAGUCUCCAUGCGCCAGAGGGUGACUUCGACCGCGCCAACAUCACCAUCAAGGGCCGGGGCACCGUGGACGCCAAAGCCAGCGUCGCCGCAAUGAUCAUCGCGGCACUCGACCACAUGAAGGAAAGCCCCGACGUCCCCGUGGGCCUCCUGUUCGUCGUCAGCGAAGAGAGAGGCGGCACGGGCAUGAUCCACUUCUCAGACUCGGAGCUCAACACCAGCCCGCCGUUUUUCCACACGCUCAUCUUCGGCGAGCCCACGGAGCUCAAGCUUGUCGAUGGCCACAAGGGCAACCUGCGCUUCGACGUCGAGGCCAAGGGCGUUUCCGCCCACUCAGGAUACCCCUGGCUCGGUCACAGCGCCAUAUCAGAGAUCCUCCCCGUGCUUGCUCGCAUUGAUGGCCUGGGCGAUAUCCCCGUCGAGGACGGCGGGCUGCCCUCCAGCGAGAAAUAUGGCAGCACGACGCUGAAUAUCGGCACGGUCAGAGGUGGUGCGGCUGGCAAUGUCGUACCGGAGUCUGCCUCGGCCAGUGUUGCUGUCCGGCUUGCGGAUGGCACGGUGGAAGAUGCCCAAGAUAUCAUUCGCAAGGCGGUUGCUGAUGCCUCUGGCGGUAGCAAGAAUAUCACCCUCAAGUUCCCUGAUGACAAGGCGUACCCGCCCAUUGAUCUGGAUACAGAUGUCGACGGAUUUGAAUUGUUGACGGUCAAUUACGGGACGGAUAUCCCCAAGCUGGAUAUCCAUGACGAAGACUCCGAUGUUAAGGUUAAGAGAUACCUGUAUGGCCCGGGAACUAUCCUUGUGGCACACGGGGUCGAUGAGGGGCUUACAGUGGGCGAUUUGGAGAAGGCGGUUGAAGGGUAUUCGAAGCUAAUUGAUGCAGCGGUGAAGAGGGGCUAAAGGAUAUUUCUUUUCUUCUUUGUAUAAAUCCCGGUGUUAUUUAAAAUGCGCUUUUAGAAUUGUUUCUUUUCUUUCGCGCUUUGCUAGCUACUUCAUUGAACUCUGUUCGGGAAUAUUACUUCUUGGGCUGCACUUCAUAUGUCCUGUACAUUUUGAAGCUCCCUGAUUUAUUUCUUUUGGCAUUAACGCAUACCUCCAUCCCAUCGGUUGUGGAUAGACCCAUUCAGCGUUCAAAGUGUGAGCUUGCAUAGACUCAUCAGAACCAUCCAUUACCUUACUCCGAAAGGACCAAAGCUCUUUCCACAGCUUGCAUGCCCGCUACUUUGGUGCUCAGCCUAUCCACAGUCCGUCCUUGUUCACAUAUGAUAAAUUAGGGAACAAUAUAUAUGCACCAUCCGAAACUCAAAAUAUUAGAUCUGGCACACAAGGCAUCUAUAAAACCGACAUAGUAGCUCGAGCCAUCUCCGGCUACCGUCUUCCAGCAGGGGCCAUCGCUAGAUGCCUGCAAGCUAGAUACAGACGAUUUACCCCAAGACAAAAAAAAGUUCAUGCAGACUGAAAAGUUCGCCGACAUAAACUAGUAGUCCACGAAGGAUUAAUCUGGAUUAUUGAUCAAGGCAGAAUAUUGCUUGCUACAAGUGUCAUUGCUGGGAGGUUAAAAAGUCAGCUGUGCCCGUCCACGGCGAAAGAACGAAGUGGAAUAAAUAUAUAUAGAAGCGCGAAACCAAUGCAUGUAGAAUGUUAACAUAUGAACAAUAGGGAAGGAAGACACGGGACAGCAAUGCUCAAUAUACAUAUACUCAGAAGAAUUAAAAAGAGCGGAGGAACAGCAAAUUUUGGAUAUCCACAACAUAUAUAUAUGCGCAGGUGGGUAUUCAAAUUUAACAGACUCAGAAAUAGAUAGACAAAAUUAUCCUCAAUGCAAACCGUCAUAGAACAACCAAAAGAAAGAGAAAGCUAAAAAGAAAGAAAAAACUACGAAAACCAUCCCCCCUUCCCAUGCUUCCUCUUCCACCCAGUCUUAAACAACUCCCCCAUCUGAAACCGGGGAAACACAUGCG